AUGAUAAAAGAUCAUUCUUCAUUAGAUCACACUUCAUUAUUAGAUCCAUCUAAAAUUUAUAUUUUAAAAUUCCCGCCAGAAUUAAAUCGUACACUUUAUCCAAUUCAAUUAAUGAAUUUAAACAAAUUCUAUCAUCAUUUUAAUGAGAUUGAAUGUAAACGUAUUGAACAAGUUCAAUCUAUUAUGAAUUCUUAUUCAAUGAAUCCAUGGUUUAUUCUAGAAUAUUCUUUAAAACAAAUUCAAUGUUUAUCUUAUAAACAUUUAAAUGACAUUUUAAAAUUCAAAUAUCAAUUAUUUAAUGAUUAUUUAAAAAAUUUAAAAUUUAAAUAUUUAAAUUUUAAAAAAAAACAAAAUCAAUAUAAACAAAAUUAUAUUGAUUUAUUGAAAACAAUUCAA